AUGUCGGAUUCUAAACGGCCAUCCUUUAGAGCCUUUAUUAGGCGCCUCAACUCUGGAAAAAACAACGAAUCAGGCAAUGACUCUACAGGCACUUCAGCAAGCACGCCACCCGUUUCUCAAGGCAGAUUCCCGGCUAAUUUACCAUCUGCUCUUGCAUCAUCGACGUCCGUGCCUUUAGGGAAUAUCGCGGUCACCAGAGAUCCUUUAAGAGCAGAUCUUUCCGUUGGAUGUCCAGCUUCGAACGAUAAACCAGGCAAGACCAUAUGGACAUCUGAUCAUGAAUCCAAAUGCCAGCAAGCGCAGUUCCAGCAACUUUGGAAGCAAGCAAUUGAUAAUGCCAAAGCAUCGAAAGAUGGUGAAAAGUUGACAGAAGUCCUUCGAGUUCAGGAACAAGCUUCGGCAGAAGAUGCCGAGAUAACCCUACCAACCUUGAUAAAAAGACUGGAGAUUGAGAUAAAGCGGUUUGGCACACAUAAGAGGCUGGCUGAAGCGAUGGAAAAGAUUAUCCCGCAUCUCAAUAGAUUCGCUGUUGUUGGCGAUAUCGCUGUCAGCACGAAUCCCAACCCCGCUGCCCUCCCAUGGGCUGCGAAUCUUACAGCUGGGGAAGAGAUUAGAGGCAAGGUUAUCGAAGGCGUCGCCGAAAUCACUUUUCUGGUCUUUGAAUGCCCCGUUUACCACGAGCUUUACCUAGCUUCGCCAGCUUCCACAGACCUUCCUAUCCAUACAAACCUCAGACAGACAAUUAUCGAUGCCCUGUCUCGCUGUAUAAGGUUUCUUGGAUUUGCUCUCCGUCAUCAACAAGCAUCAGCAAAGGCUUUCACAGAUGCAUUCCGCUUAGAGGAUUUUACAGGAUAUUUGAAAGACCUCAAUGUUUCGAAAGACAAGCUACAUGAUGCUGGUUUCUUAUGUGAGAUUCAUCACAGCUCUCAAAGCCGAGAUGAACUCAGGUCUUUGCAUGAUCUGAUUGUGGAUAUGAGACUAGAGUCCAGUGAAAAGGGGGAAGAAAGGGUCAAGUCACAGCUGAGCGAUCUUCUUAUCGAUCCCAAAGACGUCUUCGAUCAUAUCUAUCAUCCACGCGACUCAUUCUGCCUUGAGGGAACGCGAGUACAGGUUCUCGAUGACAUAGAACAGUGGGCUCACGAUCCCUCAAGUCCGACCAUCUGCUGGCUUCCAGCUCAAGGCCUCGGCGCCAGCUCCUUCUUCAAGAAAGGUGCAGGCAAUCGAGGAAAUGGCCAGCAUUUGUUCUCUAUACUGGCAUAUCAACUCGCCUUACAUCUCCCUCCCAUCCUUCCCUAUAUCUUGGGGGCUGUGAAAGAGGAUCGAUCGCUAGCCAUGGCGCCUAUUCAAAUCCAAUGGCAGAAGCUGAUCCUAGAUCCACUUGUCAAACUGCAAGAUGGGGGACUCAUCAAACCUAUCGUUUUCGUUCUUGAUGCAUUGGAUGAAUGUGAUGAACAAGACCGUGGUGAGAUCUUUCGUCUACUACUAGCGACAUGCCCUAGGAUACUGAGAGUCUUUCUUACGAGCAGACCAGAGCUUGAUAUCAUGGGUUACUUUGCCAACGAACCUCUUCACAAAGAAAUCGUGCUUCACAAGCUACAGCUGGAAACUAUCGAAAGUGACUUACGUGCUUACCUCCUCCAGGCUAUGGAGAGUUUCGUCGUGGAUUACAAUCGCACUCAUCGCCAGAAGCAUCUCCAAUUAUCUUCAAGUUGGCCUGGAGAUGAACGAUUCGAGUUACUGCUUCACAGAGCCCUACCAUUAUUCAUCGCAGCUGUGACCUUUGUUCGCAUGAUCUGUGAUAGACACUGGGCAAAGAGUCCUGAUUAUAAAAUCGGCUUCAUCACUGAUAAGUCAUCGAAAGUCAACUCUGCGUAUGAGUCUCUGUACAAGCCGGUUCUAAGCCUCAUAUUGAGCGGUGCGCCUCAUGAAGAUCAGGAUGAAGUUAAACAGAGUUUUGUGGAUAUCAUUGGCUCUCUUGUAUUACUCGCUAGCCCUCUGUCGAUAAUCCCACUUGCUAAGCUUCUGGGCGUUGAUACAUGGUCUAUAUCCAGCCAGGUCGACCCACUGCGUUCUGUGAUUGAUGUCCCUGAAGAUGAUAGCCCUCUCCGGCUAUUUCAUCUUUCGUUCCGAGAUUACAUCCUUAGUCAAUCUGCUGGGGAUCUACAGGUGGACGAAAUGGUCAUACAGGCCAGACUGGCAAAUAGAUGUCUGAGACUUAUGCGAGAAACUUUGAAGCCUGAUAUCUGUGGACUUUCGUCUCCGGGAAAGAGUCACUUAGACAUUGAGCCAUCUGUUAUCGAUGAUUACUUGUCUGCAGAAAUCCAGUAUGCCUGUUUGUAUUGGAUGCAUCAUUUGAAAGCAAGUGGUGGCCGUGUCCAAGACGACGAUGAUACGCAUCGCUUUCUGCAAAGUUUCUUUUCGAACUGGCUUGAGGUUUUGUGUCUCUUAAGAAGGCUGGACGACGCCCUCCGGAUGCUCCAAGAGUUGCAGGGAAUGGUUGACGAGACUUCAGGAGCAGGAGUACUGCAAUUCAUCCAAGAUUCAAUACAAUUCAUUCGCUAUUUCCAUGCCGGCAUAGAAGAAACUCCUCUCCAGAUAUACCAUUCUGGAACCAUCUUCAGCCCAAAAGGAAGCAUUGCUCCCGCUCCACUCAAAAACCGCCAUUACCCGGACUAUAUCAUGCAGCCCUCCAACAUAGAUUCAAACUGGCCACAGAGCCAAACCCUAGAGGUUUUCUAUGGCAUGAUCUCAAAGAUAGCCUUUCUGCCUGAUAACAAGCUAGCCUCGGUUUGCAACAUGGGAGAACUUAUAGUUUGGGACCAGAGGUCAUGCUCUCGUCUGCACAGCCUGAGUAACGGGUUUAAACGGGGAUAUAUAACGGCUCUGGCCUGGUACAGCAGCAGAAUAAUAGCAGUGGGAUGGCCUGAGAUGAUCAAGAUUUGGAACCUUGACAGUGGUGUAUGCGUUUGGAGCUUCCCCUUCACGGCUGGUUCAGGUGCUGAAAGAAUGGCAUUCUCAGAUGAUGGCAAGUCUAUUUUCUCAGUAGGUCAGUGGAUAGCAGCUUUUGCACAGAACUCCAUGCUUCUUUCACAAUGGAGUAACUCCACAAAGCUGUCUUGGACUGUCUUAGGACCUCAACAUGAACAUGACUUCUUCAAUUUCUCAAGCGAUGGCACUCUGGUGGCUUCACUCUCAUCGAGAUCAAAAAUGGUCAGGGUCUGGAGCACAGAGUCAAACAAAUGUAUUCACAACUUGAACUUUGAGACGCCGAUUAUCCAUAAUCACCUGGCUCUCAAUAAGGACUGGCUUGUGGUCAGUCUCGAUAAUCAUCGGACUCUCGUUCUUGAUAUGAGAACAGGGGCCGUUUCCAAGACUGUCUGCUGUUUCUUCAAGACUGGACCUGUUAUUUCAGAUGACGGGACCUUACUCGCGGGCCAGUCAUUGGAAGGAGCCGUCAGGAUAUGGGAUCUUGCAUCAAGGAGUUUGGCGGACACCGAAGACGCCGAACAACCCAUGGGAAUAGAAUUAGUGACCCCCUUUACGGAUGACAACACUAUACUCUCUUAUUGUUGGGGAAUCGCCAAGAUCUGGGAUAUGGAGAGUGCAGUCUGUAAAGAGGCACUAGAACCAGAAGUCCCCUUGGAGAGCCAGACAUUCGUAGCAGCUGCAACUGGUGCACCGGUAUUCGCCAUAUUGAAAGACACAACCGUUGAGAUUUGGGAAACAAGCCCUCUGCAUCAUGUCAGCACCUUCGAACGGACGUUCAGUUGUCUUGGAGAGCGUUAUUACUGUCUCGCCAUCUCUGCUAAUGGUGAGCGACUGGCUGUUGGGUCUUCUGAGCCCGGUUCAAUUGAGGUUUGGGAUGUGAAAAAUGCAGUUCUCCAGCAUACACUGGACGUUCCGUUGGCAGAUUUUCCCUGUGUAGCGUUUUCACCGGACGCCGCCACAAUUGCAUACAGAUUAUGGGGAGCCAUCGAGGUUCGCUGUCUACCUGGACUCGAGACACUGACUAUUAAAAUUGAGAUGGAGCCGCGUAGUGGCGUUCUUACGCACUCUGACUUUUAG